AUGGCGCCUUCCAUGGUUGCAGGCUUUCUGGCCCUGCCAAUCACCCUGCGCUCAUCAAUCGCCUCAUCACCGGAUGCUAUCCACUAUCUCUACCUUAAACCACACGAGCCCAAGGACGCAGACGAAGAUGCCACGCGCUCUCUGUUUCUGGUCAACAUACCCAUCACUACGACACCGCAACAUCUCAAGCACUUGUUCGCGACACAGCUGUCCGGUGGCAGGGUAGAAGAUGUGCAUUUCUCAGAAGACAGCGCCGGCAGGCCAGGCAUCGCGGCCGGGACAACCAAAUCGCGAAAGAGGAAACGCUUGACCGCAGAAGAAAUCGAGGCUGGGCUUGACAAACACCGAUUGCCACAAGUAUUUGAGCGUGAUGUACAUAUCAGUGGAUCGACAGCAAUCAUUGCCUUUGUGGACAAACCAAGCAUGGAGUUGUCGUUGAAGGCCGCCCGCAAAGCUAUAAAGGCUGGCAAGGAGAUUGUUUGGGGUGAAGGCAUAGAGGAUCAGCUGCCGCCGCUGGGGCUGAAGAGGUAUCAGCAGGCUAAUCAGCUUCGGUAUCCCUCGAGGCGGGAGCUGCUGCGAUGUGUCGAUAAUUACAUGACUGCGUAUGCACAGAUGGAGGACGCUCGUGCACUGGAGAAUGCCAAGAAGCGACAAAUGCCGGACGAAGAUGGUUUUGUUACGGUUGUACGAGGAUCGAAGGGUGGUCUGCGAACGGAAGACGCCAAAGGUCUGGACGAGAAGCAACGUGCCAAGGACGAGGAUCGCUCUGUCAAUGACUUCUAUCGGUUCCAAAUGCGGGAGCGACGGAAGGCCGAGCAGGAGGAGCUGUUAAAGAAGUUUGGCGAAGACAGGACCAAGGUCGACGCGAUGCGUCGGAAGCGAUUGUCUUCGAAAGGAUGA